CCCAGCGUCGGAGCCAUGGCGGGCGCCGCGUCCCCUUGCGCCAAUGGCUGCGCUCCCGGCGCGCCCUCGGACGUCGAGGUGCUGCACCUCUGCCGCAGCCUCGAGGUGGGCACCGUCAUGACUUUGUUCUACUCCAAGAAGUCGCAGCGGCCCGAGCGGAAGACCUUCCAGGUCAAACUGGAGACGCGCCAGAUCACGUGGAGCCGCGGCGCCGACAAGAUCGAGGGGGCCAUUGACAUUCGUGAAAUCAAGGAGAUCCGCCCAGGAAAGACCUCACGGGACUUCGAUCGCUAUCAAGAGGACCCCGCUUUCCGCCCAGACCAGUCACACUGCUUUGUCAUCCUCUAUGGGAUGGAAUUCCGCCUGAAGACCCUGAGCUUACAAGCAACGUCUGAGGAUGAAGUGAAUAUGUGGAUCAAGGGCUUAACUUGGCUGAUGGAGGACACAUUGCAGGCAGCUACACCUCUGCAGAUUGAGAGGUGGCUUCGGAAGCAGUUCUACUCAGUGGAUCGGAAUCGGGAGGAUCGUAUUUCAGCCAAAGACCUGAAGAACAUGCUGUCCCAGGUCAACUACCGGGUCCCCAACAUGCGCUUCCUCAAAGAGCGGCUGACGGACCUGGAACAGCGCAGUGGGGACAUCACCUACGGGCAGUUUGCUCAGCUGUACCGCAGCCUCAUGUACAGCGCCCAGAAGACGAUGGAUCUCCCCUUCUUGGAAGCCAGCGCCCUGAGGACAGGGGAGCGACCAGAUCUUUGCCGAGUGACCCUUCCUGAGUUCCAGCAGUUUCUCCUUGAGUACCAGGGGGAGCUAUGGGCCGUCGACCGGCUCCAGGUACAGGAAUUCAUGCUCAGCUUUCUCCGGGACCCCUUGCGAGAGAUUGAGGAACCAUACUUCUUCCUGGAUGAGUUUGUCACCUUCCUGUUCUCCAAAGAGAACAGUGUGUGGAACUCCCAGCUGGAUGCAGUGUGCCCAGACACCAUGAACAACCCUCUCUCCCACUACUGGAUCUCAUCCUCACACAACACAUACCUGACUGGGGACCAGUUCUCCAGCGAGUCCUCCCUGGAAGCCUAUGCUCGGUGUCUGCGGAUGGGCUGUCGCUGCAUUGAAUUGGACUGCUGGGAUGGCCCAGAUGGGAUGCCAGUCAUUUACCAUGGACACACCCUUACCACCAAGAUCAAGUUCUCAGAUGUCCUGCAUACCAUCAAGGAACAUGCCUUUGUGGCCUCAGAGUACCCGGUCAUCCUGUCCAUCGAGGACCACUGCAGCAUUGCCCAGCAGAGGAACAUGGCCCAGUACUUUAAGAAGGUGCUGGGGGACACGCUCCUCACCAAGCCUGUGGACAUUGCUGCCGAUGGGCUGCCCUCACCCAACCAGCUCAAGAGGAAGAUCCUUAUCAAGCACAAGAAGCUGGCUGAGGGCAGUGCCUAUGAGGAAGUGCCCACCUCGGUGAUGUACUCUGAGAAUGACAUCAGCAACUCCAUCAAGAAUGGCAUCCUGUACUUGGAGGACCCUGUGAACCACGAAUGGUAUCCCCACUACUUUGUUCUGACCAGCAGUAAGAUCUAUUACUCUGAGGAAACCAGCAGUGACCAGGGCAAUGAAGAUGAGGAGGAGCCCAAGGAGGCCAGUGGCAGCACAGAGCUGCACUCCAAUGAGAAGUGGUUCCACGGGAAGCUUGGGGCAGGACGGGACGGGCGGCACAUCGCCGAGCGCCUGCUCACGGAGUACUGCAUCGAGACCGGCGCCCCCGACGGCUCCUUCCUAGUUCGGGAGAGCGAAACCUUUGUGGGCGACUACACAUUGUCUUUCUGGCGGAAUGGGAAAGUCCAGCACUGCCGUAUCCACUCCCGGCAGGAUGCUGGGACCCCCAAGUUCUUCCUGACAGACAAUCUGGUCUUUGACUCCCUCUAUGAUCUCAUCACACACUACCAGCAAGUACCUCUGCGCUGCAAUGAGUUUGAGAUGCGUCUGUCAGAGCCUGUUCCACAGACCAAUGCCCAUGAGAGCAAAGAGUGGUACCAUGCAAGCCUGACCAGAGCACAGGCUGAGCAUAUGCUGAUGCGUGUUCCCCGUGAUGGGGCCUUCCUGGUGCGAAAACGGAGUGAGCCCAACUCAUAUGCCAUCUCCUUCCGGGCUGAGGGCAAGAUCAAGCAUUGCCGUGUGCAGCAGGAGGGCCAGACAGUGAUGCUGGGGAACUCGGAGUUUGACAGCCUCGUUGACCUCAUCAGCUACUAUGAGAAGCACCCACUGUACCGCAAGAUGAAGCUACGCUAUCCUAUCAAUGAAGAGGCAUUGGAGAAGAUUGGCACAGCUGAACCUGACUAUGGGGCCCUGUAUGAGGGCCGAAACCCUGGCUUUUACGUGGAGGCAAACCCUAUGCCGACUUUCAAGUGUGCAGUCAAAGCCCUCUUUGACUACAAGGCGCAGAGAGAGGAUGAGCUGACCUUUACCAAGAGCGCUAUCAUCCAGAAUGUAGAGAAGCAAGAAGGAGGCUGGUGGCGAGGAGACUAUGGAGGAAAAAAGCAGCUGUGGUUCCCUUCAAACUACGUGGAAGAGAUGGUCAGUCCAGCGGCCCUGGAGCCUGAAAGGGAGCACUUGGACGAGAACAGCCCCCUGGGGGACUUGCUGCGGGGGGUCUUGGAUGUGCCGGCUUGUCAGAUUGCCAUCCGUCCUGAGGGCAAGAACAACCGGCUCUUCGUGUUCUCCAUCAGCAUGGCCUCGCUGGCCCACUGGUCCCUGGAUGUUGCUGCUGACUCACAGGAGGAGCUUCAGGACUGGGUGAAAAAGAUCCGUGAGGUGGCCCAGACUGCAGAUGCUAGGCUCACUGAGGGGAAGAUGAUGGAACGGAGGAAGAAGAUCGCUCUGGAACUGUCUGAGCUUGUCGUCUACUGCCGGCCUGUGCCCUUCGACGAAGAGAAAAUCGGCACAGAGCGAGCUUGCUAUCGGGACAUGUCAUCCUUCCCGGAAACCAAGGCUGAGAAAUAUGUGAACAAGGCCAAAGGCAAGAAGUUCCUCCAGUACAACCGUCUGCAACUCUCUCGCAUCUACCCCAAGGGCCAGAGGCUAGACUCCUCUAAUUACGACCCUUUGCCCAUGUGGAUCUGUGGCAGUCAGCUGGUGGCCCUCAACUUCCAGACCCCAGAUAAGCCUAUGCAGAUGAACCAGGCCCUCUUCAUGGCUGGUGGGCACUGUGGCUACGUGCUGCAGCCCAACACCAUGCGGGAUGAGGCCUUUGAUCCAUUCGACAAGAGCAGCCUCCGGGGGCUAGAGCCGUGUGCCAUCUGCAUCGAGGUGCUGGGGGCCCGGCAUCUGCCGAAGAAUGGCCGAGGCAUUGUGUGUCCUUUUGUGGAGAUUGAGGUGGCUGGAGCAGAGUAUGACAGUACCAAGCAGAAGACAGAAUUUGUGGUGGACAAUGGACUGAACCCGAUGUGGCCCGCCAAGCCCUUCCACUUCCAGAUCAGCAACCCUGAAUUUGCCUUCCUGCGCUUUGUGGUAUAUGAAGAAGACAUGUUCAGUGACCAGAACUUCUUGGCUCAGGCUACUUUCCCAGUGAAAGGCCUGAAGACAGGAUACAGAGCAGUGCCUUUGAAGAACAACUACAGUGAGGACCUGGAGUUGGCCUCUCUGCUCAUCAAGAUCGACAUUUUCCCUGCCAAGGUAGCACAGGAGAAUGGUGAUCUCAGUCCCUUUGGUAGCACGUCCCUGCGGGAACGGGGUUCAGAUGCCUCAGGCCAGCUGUUUCACGGCAGAGCCCGAGAAGGUUCUUUUGAAGCCCGCUACCAGCAGCCGUUUGAGGACUUCCGCAUCUCCCAGGAGCAUCUUGCAGACCAUUUUGAUGGUCGAGAACGAAGGGCCCCAAGGAGGACUCGGGUCAAUGGAGACAGCCGCCUCUAGUUGUGCUCCCGCCUUGUUGGAGAGCAGCAGGGGUGUGCGCCUCGUGGAGCGCCGUCAGCUGGGUUCUUCGGAGCAGCCUUCCUGGUCUCGCAGCCUGGAGCCUGGAUUCCAGCAGGGAAUGCUAGACAACCAAGCCAUUAAUGAGAUGUACUGUUUGGGGCCUCCAUGCCCAGCUCUGGGUGAAGGCAAAAACUGUAGUGGGUCUCGCAUUAAGCACACACAUCUGGCUCUGACUUCUGGAGGUGGAUCCUUCGAUCAUGUGGGGCCAGGACCACAGCCGAAGCCCCGUGGAGUGGCUGCCUCAGCCCACAGCACAGGAGGCUCCAAGGAGCCGCUGAGGUUCUCAAGAGUGGAGAAGAAGGAGGAGCCUUGCUGGGCCAAGGAAACAAAGUUUACAUUGUCCUGUAGCUUUAAAACCACAGCUGGGCAGGGUAAGAAGCUCGACGCCCCUGCAGCCAGGACAGAGGAAUGCAGGGCCUGUGUGGGGAAGGGCUCUGCCCCGCCCGAGCAGAGGACACAGCACAAGGGCACAUCGCCCACGGCUGGGGAUGCCACCCAGCCUGAAAGAUAACCGGGGAUCAUGAUGGAAAUAGCAGUAUUAUUUUUUUCUCCUCAGUGGUAUUGUAGCUAAGUUAUUUCCUCCUCCUACCCAGUCUCUUCCUCUGAGAGGAGACUGGCAGGUGGGCCUGCCACGCUGGGAGAGCUCAGUUGUGGAAGUUGGGAGGCGUGCUCAGGAGGAGAGGAGCAGGUGGGCAGAGAGGACACAGCCAAGCCUACUCUGGUAGGGUGGGUUGUUUGUUUAAGGCAAAGAUGACUCGGUGUGCUUUCUCUUAGGAAUGAGAAAGGGAUUAAGAAGCUGCCUGUCUCGUGGGGAGGUGUGAAGACAGGCAGGUGCAGGAUGGAGCUGGCGCAUUACUGCAGCUUCUGCCUAGUCACAAAUAAGGAGAUGGAAAGGUUUGGAAAGGCAGUCCCCACCUGAGGACAGAAACUGGGGUCCAGGCCCGUGGGCGCAAAGGUGCCUCAUAGUAUAGCCAGCAUCCAGCACACGCAAACCCACUGCCCAUGGUUGGGCUCUGGGUUGGCCAUUUGCUAGUUCUCUUGCCCUCUUCAAAUCUGACUGCCAAAUAAAUCAUCCUCAUGUCCCUUUUCCUUUAACUUGUAUGCUUUUUGGGGAGCCCAGGAAGGCCUGUCCCUGAGUAGUUACUCAGCAGUUGAAGCAGGUGAGUAGUUUCGGGAAGCUUCUCAGGCCCAGCAUGUCUUCCCUUCCUCUGGGCUAACAUCAGACAUGGGGCCACUCUCCCCCAGCCUGUCCUCCGCCAGUGUGACUGGAUAGCAUGCAUUUCCUGCUGGAAUCCAGGCUCCAGCCAGCUUUGAUGGUGGGUGAGGAGCGACCAGCACCCUCUUUGGUUCCACAGAAACCUAUCAUUUCAGACAAGCAGCUUCCAAGGGUGUGUUGCCAGGUGCCAUUCUGGUUGCCUCUGUAACUUGGAACCCAAAUCUCCAUGCCUGCAGCAUUGGUUGGAAAGGUCCUUUUCUCACGGUUCUGUUUUUGUAGUGGUUUGUGCUAGAGUUGGACAAAGAUGAUGCCACUCUUUUUUUGACAAGCAGAGUUAGACAGGGAGAGACAGAGAGAAAGGUCUUCCUUUUCCGUUGGUUCACUUCCCAAGUGGCCACUACAGCCGCCUCGCUGCGCCGAUCCGAAGCCAAGAGCCAGGUGCUUCCUCCUGGUCUCCCAUGGGGUGCAGGGCCCAAGCACCUGGGCCACACUCCACUGCCCUCCCGGGCCAUAGCAGAGAGCUGGACUGGAAGAGGAGCAACCAAGACAGAAUCCGGCACCCCAACCUGGCCUAGAACCCAGGGUGCUGGUGCCGUAGGCGGAGGAUUAGCCUAGUGAGCUGUGGUGCUGGCCACCACUCUGUUUUUUAAAUGGUGCAUGUGAUGCCCUGAACUGGAUCUGACAGCCACAGAGCUUGGGUUCUGGCUGGCCUGGGGCUUUCUUCUAAGGGCUUUACAGCUUCUGCUCAGAGAAGGGGGUAGGAGGAAGGAACUUGGGUCUCAUGAUCCAUGUUUUCCUACUGCAGAUUCUUGUGCACCACGGAGAAAACAUUCCUAAUCAGGGAAGGAGGAAGUCCGCUGGUCCUUCAGUUGGGGCCCACCUGUGUUGUCUUUGGCUUAUUGGCAAUGACCCCUGAGUUCAUUGGUUACUGAGUUCUGGAACAUGGCCUGGGGGAAGCACAGCCCUGUUCGCUAGGCGGCUUCUCAGACCCUUGGCGCACCUAUCUUGGGCUCCUUACAGCGUUCACUUUGCUUCUUCCUGCAAAUGUUUGGUUCUUCCUAAUGGAAAAUAUGGCAGUCCUCAGUCACACAAAUUUAAACAUCAGUUUCCUGCAGUGACCCAGGAGGUACAGCAAGGUGGAGUAUGUGUGCUGAUGGGGCUGGACUCUUACCUGGGCCUGAAUGUCUUGGCAUCCAGCAGUUGCUUGCUUCACCCCACACAUGCGGGCUGUGUCCAAACAGUGCACAAAUUGGUUAGCACUGCCUUCCACCCACAAGGCUGUAACCCAGGGAGUCUCGGCCUUGGGAAGCUUCUGAAAAAUACUUGUGCCUGGGGCCUUAGCUCCAAGGUAAUUUUGUCAGAGGGAGGCAAAGUCACUGAUCCCAGGGGUGCUGGCAAAAUGAGCAGAUUCCCUUGCAGCCUCCAUGCUCUCCCGUCUGCAUCCUAAGACUUCCUGGCUGGAGAGCAGGUUCAAAGCAAUAGAUGUUCACUUUGUCCCCAAGGGACACACACAGACAGCAUUGCCCUGGGGUUCAGCAACAUUGUCUCCUGCCACAAGACCACUGAAGGCAGGAGCAGUUUCUAACCUCAGUUGAGGAAAUUGCCACCAACAGUUAUCUGUGGCCAUGAGCAGAAAGAGCAGGGGCCUCCCUCCUAACCAGAAGCAUCACUGGAGGGCUGGGCCUGGGGCAAGAAACUCAGUGUUUAACCAACAUCUCACCAUAUCACUUCUGUUGGCAGGGCGGGGCCACACCAACACACUAUCAUGUUAUCCCACUGAACUAGCUCAGUGGGCAGAAUGGGGGCAUGCCUCCCUCACACUUGUGGAUCAGGCUCUGUCAGCCUGAGGGCCAGUGUGGGUGUGCCAUUCCCUGCCUUGAGGCCACCACAACUGCCCACUGCCCGAGUCUGUGCCCACCACGGGGUUCAGCUAAUGAGCUGCAGGGUUUCACAGCAGUCUGGUCUGGCCCCGGUCUCUGGAAGGACCGAGUGAGGACCGGCCCUGGUGUCUACCUGGACCAGAGUCACCACUGUGCCCUGGCAUCUGCCCCAGGUGUUUUAUUUCAGGGGCACCUUCUAGUUUCUGCCACAGGCACUUGGGACUACCCCAACAAAACCUGUGUUCGUCUGAUUCCUCCAGGAGGCCUUUGGGUCCUUGGCGCGUGUUCACCAGUCCCCUCAGCAAGUGUAAGCUCUGCUUGUGGGCACUUCACUCCCAGGGGGGAGGAGACAAACGCCACACCGCGCCAGCGUCUCACCAGAGCCCUGAUGUCUCCAGAUUUGCCUUUGCCCUUUUAGCAUAGUUUCUAGAACAGCAGCUCUUUCACAGAGAAUUCAUGACAGUGACCUCAGCAAUACAAGCAGCGGGGGACCGGGAGCUCCUCUGAAGUGAGCUGACGGAAACGGCCGCUUGAGCAUCCGUAUAAGGUCAGUCUUGGCCACAGAGCAAGUCAGCAGAUAGAAAGUGUUCUGAGCUUGUUUGCCCUGACCUCCCACAUAGAAGAAGGCAGCAGAUGUAAAAUGUAUUUACAUUUUUAUUUAGGAACAAUCAAAGGGCUUGAAGUACCAUUGAGGCCCAUUUCAAACUGUACAAGCAAUUUGUCCCUGUUCCCCUCCCUUAUCCAAAUCCACAGAUACAAAAAUCUAGGAAAUGUGCAAUUUGCAUCUUAGAAAUAGCAGCAUCCCCACAGGGGACCUUGUGAGGCCUGGAGACUGAGCCCAGGGAGGGCAGCCCCCACUCAGCACAACCAGAGUCCAAACCAAAGGCACGUUGUGUCCUGUAAACACUGACCCCAGGUGCAGAAUUCCCAGGGCUCCCCGCAGAUCUCAAUGCUAGGACUGUGCCACUUCCUUCGUUUGGGGUCUGAGGGUUGGCCACAGUAGGGGUGGGGCCCUCUCACACUGUCAGUUUGGCUAAAGUUUCAGUUUGCUUUUCACUUAGCACCAAGAUGAUCACUUCUUCGGCUAUCUCUGGGAGACAGGAAGUGCAGCAAAGGCAGGCUGCUCCCCAGUCCUCCCCAGUCACACCUCAGCAGGGUUUGCUUGAAGACCAGAACACAGACAGGGGCUAGCGUGCAGGGACUGGGACUUGGUCAGGAAGGGAUCUGCAAGCCUUUGGCAACCUCCCUGGCUUCCACAAAGGCUGUGCUCAGUAAAACUCAAUGAACAAUGGCCAGCAAAGGAAAGAGGAGGGUUGGCGUGAUUUUUAAAUAACAAUUAUGGCACAGUCUGACCUCCCUGAAACAGCUGAACAAAGUGGCUGCUCAGAUGUGCGGUGGGAGCUUGCACAAGGGUGCCCACUUCCCUCGCCCAGUUUCCUGAGCAGGCCUAUUACUGUGCCAGGUCCCUGCUAAGGAGUGGGUGCCAGCUCUGAGAGUGACAUCAGGCUCUGGCCCCAUGUCAAGCAAACUGCAAGAGACAGCUGGGUGGGCACGCACCAGGGAUGAAUGAGAAGAAUCUUGAAGCACAAAUCACAAGACUCAUAGGUACCACGUGGUGGAUUUUCAUUCUUUCACAGUGAUUCUACUGGCUGGGAUUUCCUCCCAGGAAAGACCAGGCUUCUCACAGUGACUCAACAACCUGUAUCCUAGACAAUUUCACCUUCAACUGCAGUCACAACGAGUAAUCCUCAACUGUCCAUUUAUAAAGAAGGAAAUGAAAAAGCAAUAACCAGGAAAAGCUGCUCAUCGGCGCGUGCACCAUGUCCACCACCCACCCUGCCCCGAGCCGGUCUGAAGGAACAGGCCUGCUGGCAGGUAACCACACGGGCUCCUUCCAUGGACCCUGGCCCUCUGCCCACGUGGGCACACGGAAGGAAGGUGCCAGCGUCCUCUCCAGAACAGCGCCCUGGCCCUGUGCCCACUCCGCUCGGCUCCCGCUGGAGCAGCAGCAGAGCCAGGCUCUGAUAGCUGCAACAACAGAGCAGCAACCGCACAUCCACUCUUAGGGACUCCUUUUGGCCUGCUGAUCAAAACAAUUUCUAAAAAGGAAGCAUUUGCUUGCUCCUGAUCUUGUCCACAUGGUAACCAGAGUCUGCCUAAUAUAGCCCCCAAGCUCCAGGCUCCUCCCCUGCUCCAGACUUCAGAAACAUUCCUGCUGCAUCCGGGGCUGACACAUGUCUGUCUUGCCUCCAUUCUGGUGAAGGACCAGGCCCUGGCUGGCUCAUCCUGACAAGUGAGCUCACGGCUGCUAAGCCAAAAAGCAGGAUCUCAAGUGUGUCUAGGGCCACAUGCUUGGUGUGUGCUGCUCCUACUUCACAAUAAAACACAGACUGGGAGCAUGUCUGUGGCCUCCCUCACCCCAGCCUUCCCAGGGGGACCUGGCUCGGGGCAAACACAGACUCCAGCAGAAAGGAAUUCUAGCCAAGAGCUGUCAGGUGCCAUUGGGACUAAGAGCUGGGCAGGCAGCAAUCAAGGAGCCACCUCGAACUCCACUUCCACCCAGUAAAGGUCAGAAUCAAAACCAGUCCAUGAUGUUGAGGUCGCUGCACAGCUCAGCCAUUCCCCAGACCCCACUUAAAUGAUCAGCGCAAACCAGAUGGUGGGUACCUCAGCUUGAUGCCAGGUCCAGGUGGGCACUGGAGCUUAGGAGAGACUUGAGCCCACAGCUCCCUGCUUGCUCAGAUGCUGGGGGUUUUCUGGGGCAGGCCAGGAGGGCUGGUUACAGGGAAAAGAGAGAAGGAAGCUGAGUUAGACCCUAAUGAAAAGGCUCCAUGUCUGGAAAGAGGAGAACCAAGUUCUGUUAGGCCUUUGCCUGGAAGGGUUGGCUGUGUAUACCUUUAUAUGUCUAGUGAGUUCUCUAGCCUUACGAUACAAAAGAAUAUGCAAAAACUGAGUUAAACACCCCCAGGUAAACUGAGCAAGGAAGACAGUGGUGACUUUAGGAAGAUCUCAAAAUCCAGGUUAGGUUUUGCAUAAGAUUUUCUUCUUGGCUGCUUCUCCUCUCCUUUAAAAUGCUUUUAUCCAAGUGGGCUGUGAUGCCUGAGCUGAAAAAUCUGCUCCAAUCUGAGAAAUUGGGUCCAAGAGAAGACUAGGAAGACAAGAGGCAACAGGACCCAGGACAGGGACAGAGCAUAAGAAGGGAGUGAGGGAGAUGAUGUGCAUAGAAAGACCAACGUCCACCCAGGAAGGCCGACAGCCACCUUCCACAGGAGGCAAUUACGGGACAGAUGUCCCAGAGCAGAAGGGAGGGGACACAGGACCUGUCACUGGGCUACCGAGCAGGGUAAAACUCAGAGGAGCCACAUCUCAGCCUGGAGAACACACUGCAACUUCCUAGAGGGACAGCCUCCCAAAGCCAGCUGGGGACGAAGCCAUUAGAACAUGUAGGAGCCCACAAGGUACCACUUAACACUCUGCUCAGCUCCCUCCUUCUGCCUCCAGAGAGCACAGUACUUGGGUCCUUGGGUCACGGUGCUUUGGUCCACCAGAACAGCCACCUGUUGCUCAGCCGAUAAAAAGGAGCUCUACGUCACACCCAAAGUGCUGGCAAGCAGCUGUCCAUGCCAUGGUUUUUCAGGAGCCCAGGACUCCCCAGAAUGAUACUCCCCAACCCCCAAAUAAAAGGUCUCUGCUGUUGUCAAAAAUUAAAACAAGUAAUUAAA